GUUUGUUUCCGUUCCACCAGCCCAUCCGCUCAUUGUCCAUGCACAUUCCAAUUGACCACUGGGAUCCCUUCUAGACACGUCUCCGUUGCAAAGAGGACUCCUGCCCCGUGCUGUGUGUCCCUAUCCUUAUUACUACUUUCAUUCCACAAUCGUCUUGCCAUCAUUCUGGCCUCUUUGAGCCUCUCUUCUUGUCUUUAUUUCCCCCCUACUCUUUUUGGAGGUGAUCUUCAGGCCCGGCUUUUUUCCCUCUCCCCUGGCCAUUCGAAUCGUGUCAAUUGCCUCGUACGUCCUCUCCUCUCCCCUUUGACCCUUCGCUGGGUGACAUCAAUCAUCUCCCCUCUCCGACAACUCACCCCCGUUCUCUCUUCCUCUCUUUAGGGGACUCUCGCGUCCUAGUCGCUCCCUUCUCUCGCCAUGCAAACCUCCGAUGCAAGCAUCCCGAGUCGUUUGAUUCCCUCCAAGUUCUCCCACCUCAACGCGGACAACACGGGCUUCUCCCACGGUGCAUACAACUCGAACAGUAUUCCCUUGCAGGGACUGUCGGACCGAAACGCUCGUCGUGCCAAUAUUCCUGCCAUCAAUACCUCGGCUCCGAUCUCGGACACAAUGGCUUCCUCGGGGGCUGCGUACGACAUGAACUUUACCCCCCUCUUACCGUCCCAGCUACUGCUUGGUAGUCCUUUCCAACCAGGCACUCCCUCCGCGUUUGCUUCACCCCAGUUCGCCAACUUCGGUGGAUUUCCCCAGGCCAAUGCUCCUACACAUGCACAGAAUCAGAGCCAUUCCCUUGCGAGUCCGACUCAGCCUUCACAGAACCAUGGUCUCUACUCCGGAAUGUUGUCGCCAGACGGCAUGGGCAAUCCACAGAUGCUGGGAGCUCCGCAAUCCCCCGUCGGAGGCUUGAAUGGCUUGGGCAACGCCGCGUUCGGAGCUCAUGCGGCCCCGGUAACUCCUGGUUUGCUCUCAGGAACGAGCCGGACUGUUUACUUGGGUAACAUCCCCGCUGAAACUCCUGCCGAAGAGAUCUUGAAUCAUGUUCGGAGCGGUCAAAUCGAAUCCGUUCGCUUGCUUCCGGACAAGAACUGCGCAUUCAUCUCUUUCUUGGACAGUAACUCCGCUACGCAUUUCCAUUCGGAUGCUAUCCUCAAGAAGCUCGCCAUUAAGGGCAACGAUAUCAAGGUUGGGUGGGGUAAACCAUCACAAGUGCCUACAUCAGUGGCGCUUGCAGUGCAACAGUCGGGCGCGUCCCGGAAUGUCUAUUUGGGUAAUCUUCCUGAGGAGAUGGCAGAGGAGGAGCUUCGUGAAGAACUUGGCAAGUUCGGUCCCAUCGACACUGUCAAGAUCGUGAAAGAGAAGGCGAUUGGUUUUGUCCACUUUCUCUCAAUCAGUAACGCCAUGAAGGCUGUAUCCCAACUGCCCCAAGAGACCAAGUGGCAGGCUCCUCGGCGCGUCUUCUACGGUAAAGAUCGUUGCGCAUACGUGUCGAAGACACAGCAGCAGAACGCUGCCCAGUUCUUGGGUAUUGCUCCGGGGUACGCCCACAUUCUUAAUUCAGCAGACCGUGACCUGAUCACCAAUGCGCUUGCUCAACAGUCCGUUGCUGCCGCAGCUGUGGCCACCACAGCUGGUGGCGUCAAUAACCUGGGUAAUCGCACGAUUUAUCUGGGUAACAUCCACCCUGAAACCACGAUCGAAGAGAUCUGCAAUGUCGUACGUGGCGGGCUGCUUCACCACAUUCGCUACAUUCCGGACAAGCACAUCUGCUUUGUCACUUUUAUUGAUCCGACGUCGGCGGCUUCGUUCUAUGCCUUGAGUAAUCUUCAAGGUCUUAUGAUUCACAACCGUCGGCUGAAGAUUGGAUGGGGUAAACACUCAGGGCCACUUCCCCCGGCCAUUGCCCUAGCUGUGAGCGGAGGCGCUUCUCGAAAUGUGUAUGUGGGGAAUCUUGACGAGACUUGGUCGGAAGAACGUUUACGCCAGGACUUCUCUGAAUACGGAGAGAUUGAACUUGUUAACACUUUGCGCGAGAAGAGCUGCGCCUUUGUCAACUUCACUAACAUUGCCAACGCUAUCAAGGCAAUCGAGGGAAUGCGAAACAGGGACGAGUACAAGCGAUUCAAGAUCAACUUUGGCAAGGACCGAUGUGGGAACCCUCCGCGCCAAGCAGGUAAUGGACAGCAAGGUCGUAACGGAUCUGGAAUGGAAGGCACACAAUCACCCUCUCCAGCUCUGAAUGGCUACCAGCAGAACCUGAGUCAGUCCGGCUCUGGGUCCAGCCCGACCCAUCCUGCUCUGUCACCUGCUCCUGGCUCCACUGGCUCACAGAAUGGUCACCCGGGUAGACAUCCUCUGCAGCAAGUGUCCUCGCCUUCGGGAAUUCUCAAUGUCGGAGCCAACAACCCACUGACGAUGUAUCUCAAUCAAAUGUCGGCACAGCAAUCCCAAGAGCAGGAGAACCGUCUGAAUGAUCCAAUGGCCCUUGCUGCGCUCCAGUCUCAAUCGCAAGCUUCUCAGCAGCAGAGUCUUUUCAGCAAUGGCGAGCUCACCAACGGGAGUAUUGAAGCCCCGUUACAUCAGCAUAAACCUUCCAUUAAUGGAUUCCUGAAUGUGGGCAAUGGCACAUCAGGGCCUGGCCACCAUUCAACAGCCAGUACUGGUGGCUUGAGUGUACCUCGCGCACAACAUUCCCGGGCUGUCAGUCUGCCUUCGUUUUCUCAGGAACCUUUCGGACAUAUCUCGAGCCAUGCGGGACCAUCUCGCUCUGGGAUUGCCCACCAGCCUCAGAGCAGCUUUUCUAGCUUCACCUCCGCCCUUGGUGGUCUAAAACAUGCAGGUUUUGGAUUGGCUAUCCAGAACGAAAGCUCGCUGCCUGGUUGGGCCGAAGAGGAAAUCGGAGCGAAAUGAUCGCCGCGAGAACUCUUCUUUUUCAAUUCACAGGGUUGAUUCCAAUCUUUUUUAUUCCGAUGAUGGCAUCUCACCAUUAACUUCAGUGUCACAAUUUUGACCCCUUUCUCUGUAUUGGCUUCGCCCUUUGUGGUUUCUCACCUUCUCUAAUUGUCUAAAUGUUUCGUUUCUUGAUCUCACCACUUUACACUGUUUAAUUCUCUCUUCUCCUCAUAUACCAUCACUUGUAUUGCUAGCUGGGUAUGAUGUUUCCUUCUUUUCAUUUUC